AUGGCAUCGCAGCAGGACGCCAGACUGCUAAUUAACACUAUCCGGCAAGAGACGUCGUUAGACGGUACCCUUGGCCAGAGCACGAUCGCAUCAGUCAUCCGCAAUGCACUUAAGAUAUUAUCAGAGCAGAUGUACGAUAAAUCUACACACUUUCUCCUCGAACUGCUCCAAAAUGCCGACGACAACGCCUAUGCGUGCGCAACGCCAACAUUGAACUUUUCCUACCGCCCUGGAAGCCUCCGUGUCGAUUGCAACGAAGUAGGAUUCUCCGAACAAAAUGUUAGAGCCAUCUGCACAAUUGGCGAGAGUACCAAGACAGGACUAAACAGAUCCACGGGAUACAUCGGCGAGAAAGGAAUUGGCUUCAAGUCCGUCUUCAAGGUGGCGGACGUUGUAUGGAUCUCUUCACGACAUUUCAGGUUCAAGUUUGACCGCAGACAAGAUAUGGGCAUGAUCACCCCACAAUGGGAAAGGUUUCCUGAACCGACGAGACCUGGGUACACAUCGCUCUACAUGAACCUCGCUGCCGAGUAUAACGAGGAGGAGCUUGUGAAGGACAUCGUCUCGUUCGACCCAACUCUGCUCCUCUUCCUUCGGCGUAUUAGAAAGCUCAAUUUCCUUUCUCGAACCGACACAGUAGAUUCUGGUAACACGAUGGUCACGCUGAGUCAUGGCAGCUCUUGCCAACGGUACCUCAUUGUGAGGUACAUUGCUACGCACACGACACCAGAAGUCAAACGUCCCGGCUGUGUGGAGUCCGAGGUGUUACUCGCGUUCCCUACUACAAGGCGGACGGAGGAUUCUACGAGCACCACUCUGGAUGUGUAUGCUUUCUUGCCCAUACGUGCCUACGGUUUUCAGUCCAUUUCUGAGAUCAACGCCGGACCGUUAAAAUACGACUGGCCUCGUUUUGUUCUAACAGGAGAGAUUUCGCCUGUCUUUGACCCGGUACGUGAGCACAUUCUUCAAGGACUCGCUGAGAAGAGGAUUCUUGAAUCUUGGGGCCGUGAAAUGGCUGUUCCGUCGGCGCUACUCUAUGUACCGCCGAAAUUCCUGGACGAAAAAGGCAUUCCUUUCACUCUCCGGCCUACAACUGCUCGGCAGUACCUGUCCCCAUUCUACUCCAGUUCGGAUUCCGAAGCGCUCGGUCUGAUAGGUAUACUGUUCUUCCCCAUGAAAGAAAAAGGUCCCCAUAUACCGGAAGGCAUUUCCAUCGACAUAAUCGAACCCUCUGCAGUAGUCCAUUCCGAUCGAUAUGACCUCCUUCGACGGAUGGGCGCUCGUGACUGCGAUGCCCGUGAUGUUUGCGGGCAGAUCGCAAAACUGCAUAGCGGAGAUAACUUCGACGCUCUGAGAUUACGUCGAAGCGAACUCAUCGCACAGCUAUCCGGGAUCUCAAAGAAGAUGGAUACUUCGUUUGAAUUCAUCCACGAUGAUUACCUGCACGUUCCUGCGACAGAAAAGGCGGCAUGGAUAUCCUGGUUAAAGAAGACAUGCGGUAUUUCGGAUAUUCCUCGUCUUGUGGAACCGGGCACAUUGCUCCUCUCUAACGACUUCCGCAUCCUCCUUGCUGCUUGCCAGUCUCGGGAUAUCCUAUUCCUGUUACGGGAGAAUUGGUCAUACUACUCUCAGUGGCUCGAAAAUGACGCGGGGGCCUCCCCGAUUGCUCAUGGUCGGAAGCUACCGGAACAGGUUGCGAAAAUGCGUCCCCUAGAGGGCUUGAAGUCGCAGCAAGUUCGGUGCUGUAACAGGUUUUUUGCGUUGGAGAAGACCAUCCUUCCGAUGCUCGAUCCGAUGUUGGACAACAAAGCUUGGAGUCCAACAAUUGAGCUCUAUGAUCCGCUCAAUACCGGCUGGAAGAUUCUAUGCCACCUCGGAGUUGCUGUGGAAAGGAAUGCGCAAUACUACAUCCGGUGUCUCGAGGCAUUGCGGGGUAGUCAUGCCGAUGCAACUACCUUGACUCACAUAUACACACAACUAAGUGUUCGCGACGCCCAGGAAGGCGACUUCAUCAGGGCUGCACUUAUGAAAACUCCUCUAAUCUACGUAUCGUCGACUUUUCACAGUUCAGCUUUACCUUCCUGGAACACUGCUUCCGAAUGUAUAGCGAAGGGCCUCCGACCCGACUUAGACUAUCCUGCCUGCAGGUACUUCUUCCGGUGUCUUCUCAUGUGGCACAGUGGCGAGCUCGACCGCCUGCUCGCUCAGCUGUCAUACCUGGAUCAGUCGACUUCUUUCUCAGAUAUUUCACGACUUUUCCGGGACAUAAGCACAGCCAUCCAAGGAGUUUCGCGUAUCCGCACGUUUCGGCUGCCCGAUAAUCUAUACCGUAGCCCGAUAUUUCCCAUUACGAAAAAUGGGUCGCAGGGCGAAUUUGAGUUCCUUGCGGCAUUGGUUGACCCAUUAGGCUUGCCAAACCCUUGGUUCAUCGCAGAUCGAGAUCACCUAAGGGUCAGCUUCCAAGGCAAGCUCUCCCUGUUGGCAUUUAAUACAGAAGAGUUGGAGUCGAUGGAACAUUUUUUUGGAACUAUUCGAUAUGGAAGAUCGGAAGUUGUCAAUAGCAGUCAAGAUGGACGCCAGUCCGCACGGUCACGUCGCUUGAUUCCAAAAGCGCACCCUACUCGCCAUCAGCUAUCCAAGCAACUUGCCAACCUCGUAGUUUGUGUGGCUGCCGAGAUCGCUCAGAGCUAUACUGUCAAGGUUGAGGGCAAUGACGUAGUUGGCACCGUUGAAAGAGGAGACGUCGCCCUGUCGUGCAUGGACGGUAUGCUUCGAAUUUUCAUGACGGAGGAAUCCGUCUCCUGCGAAUGUCCGCCGUACGAAUUGAUGGACCUCAUGGCCAGACAUUGCUCUAUAGGCCCCCACACAAAGCAUCGGUUGCUGGUCUCCCUUGCGCUCUCGGAUGAUAACAUUCACCGAAUCCAGACAACAUUCCGUAAGGAAGGCGUUAAACUCAAUCUUCCUCCUCCAGACGAUAACUCGUUGAGGCCAGAGGUCCAGGCAAAGCGCUAUGCUGGGGCUUCCGGUGAUAUCCCUUCCAUCCCCUCUCCAUUUGGCUAUACUCAGAGAGCGCCCGUGGAUGCUGGAAAUGCACGCUAUAUUCCUUCUGAAAACGAAAGAGCUGAUAGGAUAUGUCUCUUGACAACAGAGGAAAUUACCCAGCAUGAGCAGGGUCGACUACCGGGAAAGGCUCAGUACGAAAAACCAUCCACAUUGCUGCUUUUCAGCACUACGAGAAGAACGGAUGCUUCUUUUCUUCAGGAUAUGCUUCAAAGCUGGCCGGCUGUUGCCAAUGUGGAUGGUAAUGCCUACUAUCUUGGAGAAUUAAUGAUGUCACAGUAUUUUCAACAGCACAUCGGCACGAAGUACAACCCCAAUCUUCAUUGGACUAGCCGUCUUCGAGCUAGAGCAGGCCAUGACGCUUUCGAUGACCGGGACAGUUGUGCUUCAUUCACUUUCGCUGAGCAUGCGAUCUCUGCUCGGAUCACCGAGCUACUAGCCAUGUGUGGCGAGGCAGAUGCUAUAUCUGGUUGUUUCGAUCACCCUGUGUAUCAUUUUGACAUUGCUGUCAUGUUAAACGAAGACUCCACUUCGUUUCAUUUGAACAUCGCACAGUUAGACCGGAUGCGGAAAUUCCAGUACGAUGAUCGGGAAUUAGCACCCAAGAACGUGCUCAUUCUGGCCAUAAUUAGGAACUUAUACUCUGGACUUCGGUAUGAGUUCUAUGUCAAUCCAUGGGCAUUAUACACUGCCGACUAUUGGUCACUCCAUGGUCUAUUCCCUUUCGAAGUUCGAUUCAAUACAUCGACACAAGGCCCUAUGCCCGGGCAUGACCAUGCAAAUCUAGGAUCGCAGAACAACCGAGCAUUGGCUGCAUACGAGCGCUCUAACCCGCUUGUCGUGGGUAACUCUUACAUCAGGUUGCCUUCGGCAUCUUCUUGCGCUCCGACGCAUACAAGCCAUCGUGCUGGUCUUUCUGCACAGCCAUUGCAGGCUGGAAGCACGAUCGUUGGCAUGUCUAAACUAGGCCGUUUCCAUAAACUCCGAUACGAGAGAUUACCAGAGGGAAAUAUACGCCUCCUACAGCUUCUUCCCGGGCUUGAGCAUGAGCCACUUCGAGGCGUAGUAUAUCACGUACCUAUGGAAUGUCCGGGCUUUUAUAGAGCCUUGUCCUACGUAUGGGGCAAUAUUUCCCGAACGGAGCGACUAUGGACGCCUGCUGGGGUACUUUCUAUCACCCAGAACUUGAAAUUGGCCCUUCAAAGCCUUCGAUCGAAGCAUGACCCACUAACGCUAUGGGUCGACAGUGUUUGCAUAGAUCAAGAUGAUCUAAGCGGGAGCGAGAAGGCGAUGCAGAUUCGUCUAUUACCGCGCAUUUUCCAACAAGCGAUAUCGGUCCUUGCUUUCCUUGGAAACCACAGCGAAAGCCAAAGUGCAAUCGAGACCUUGAUGCAGAUAAGAGCGAAAGGAGCAGUCAAAACUUGGCCGAGAGGAUUACCCCCAGUGCCUACCUCGUGGAGUGCCCGAACAGUGCCAACCCCUAGCGAUCCGGCGUGGGAGGUGGUGAUGAAGUUCUUCGAGAAUCCCUGGUUCCGCCGCGCCUGGGUGGUGCAGGAAGUAGUUCUUGCUGCGAGUAUCCGAAUCAUUUGUGGGAAGUGGGUCGUUGACUGGAACGAUCUGCUAAGCGCCACCGAGACCGUUGAUCGAGAGUACCACUCCAAUGUGAGCGGUACGUCGUCAAGAGUCUAUCCUUGGGAAUUCUGCCUUGAAUUAGCACGACACAGAGAGUGGGAGGCGAGACAAACGCGGUGGGCAUUGGUCAAUCUUCUCGACUCUUUUCGAUACCUUGAAGCCACCUAUACACGGGACCGAUUCUUUGCUCUCCUUGGAUUCGCGUCAGAUGGUGCCGACCAAAGGUUCGAACCAGACUACACUUCCCCAUUAGAAGUUGUAAUAAAGAGAUAUGCUGCGGUAUUCAUCGAGCAAGGCAAAGUGCUGCAGCUGCUCUACCGAGCCGGAUUGGGGUCGCAUCCUUCCAGAUUUCCGUCUUGGAUCCCCAACUGGACGGUAUUGAAAACCCCCAGCAUAUAUGAGGCGUCUUUGCGGGGUAAGAGGUUCUGCGCCUCCUGGAUUGAUGAGCCUGGAGCGGAACAUGAUAGUCGGACUGAUGAGCUGAGCAUCCGUGGCUAUCGUCUGAGUUCGGUCGAUGAAGUUGCUACGGCGAGCAAUGUCCCGGAUGAGUGGUACGAGUACUUCGCCCAGAUUGACACCAUGGUGGAGUCACUUACGAUCGGGAAUCUUCGUUCUCAAGAAACCCAUAACGACAUGAUGUGGAAGAUUCCUAUUGCCGGAGUUUUGUAUACGAAAAACGCUGGGGAUGAGAACGUGGAUCUCCGAGCGUCCUACAACGCCUUCCGUUUCGAAUUAUUUCUUGCGCAAAUCAAAAAGCGGAAGAAUCAAGAAGGGCAGGGCAAAUCGGGACCCACUUGGGGAAACGGACUCAACUACACAAUCGCACUGCAAGAGAACGUAUACGGCUGGAAGUUCUUCACGACUGGCGGAGGUCUUGCGGGGCUUGCUCCUCCUUCGACCGCGGCCAGAGACCUAAUCUACGUGUUCAAUGGCGGGGGCGUGCCGUUUGUUCUUCGCCGCAGCGAAACUAGGGCUGGAGCGUAUUGCCUGCUAGGGGAGUGUUACGUGUAUGGGCUUAUGAAUGGCGAAGGAGCGGAGAUGUCUUUGGCGGAUGAAGAGUCCAUCCGACUGCACUGA